ACACCUGCAUUCCACUAUUUCGCUUUUUCAAACGCGAACGAGUCGCUGCAACGAUAGACCGAUCAUGUUCGUGGUGCAUUCAAGUUCGAUGCGAGUCGUUGGAGCGCGCACAUAUAAUCGCAAAAGUCUUCAAUGCGCUUAAUUUAUUGUAUCCCAAGUGAUAAUCCGGUUGAAUUUAUUAUUCAUCCAUAUUUAUAUAUCAGUUGACAACAUGGUGAUAAAAAUAUUAUGUGAUUCGAACGGAAAUGCAAUGAAAUUAUAGUCGCGAGACCGUCGAUUAUUGUCGCGUAAAAUUGUACAACAAUCGUAAUGCAGUGUGCGGAAUGGAACCGAUAAAAUUAGGAAAUGGCGCAAGCAUGCGCAUAGCAUGGAGCUUUCGAUUCCCAUCUAUGGGUACUCUGCAGAACCUAGGCACCACGGGCCGACGGCGAAAACGAAACGACCUUGCAUCGUCAGACUCGUGUAAAGAUCUUCGGCAGAAGAGACACACGAUACAUCUACAACCGGAAGUGAUCAUUCAGAAAGAGCCGUACUUGAUCGUGACUCCACCAUCACUCGACGAUCUCGCUGAAAAUAGCCCAAGGACAUCGGCGGGAGGCAGCGACGCAAGGUUGGAUCCGCACGCAUGUUUUCAAAGUGAGCAAGAAUCACUCCCGGCGAAAACACCCCACAGUAACAACAGUCUCUCGUCGCCAAUGGAGCCACCUGAAGAGUCUAUUCGCAAACUGUUAGAAAGAGAAUUGCGGCUUCUCGAUCCACGAGAUCUACGAUCGCAUGCCUGGUAUCAUGGUAGUACAUUGCGCGGCGGGCGGAAGGGCGCGGAAGCGGAAGUGCCGAAUGAUGGGGACUUCUUGGUGCGUGAUUGUGCCUCCCAGCCCGGCAAUUACGUACUAACCGUACGAUGGAAAGGCCAACCGCUUCAUUUCGUCAUCAAUCGGGUCGUAAUUCAGCCAGACACGGUUUACGAGAGAGCGCAAUAUCAGUUCGAAGAUGAAGCCUUCGACACAGUCGCCGAUCUGAUAACCUUCUACGUCGGCAGCGGCCGGCCGAUCAGCCAGGCCAGCGGGGCUCGUAUCGUCACUCCGAAACCUAGAUCGGUUCCGUUAACGUACGUUCCUGGAUCUACAAAUAAUCAGCACUGCUCUAGUCCUUCCUCGUCCUCUCUGUCCACCGGUUCGCCACCUCGUCUACCUAGGAAACAACAGCGCAGCCAUUCAUUGAGCGCCCAGCAUCACGGUGCCGAGCAACAUGUCACCCGGGAUGGCAAUCAGCAAACGGGACCUCAGCUACCUAUCCAGUCUAGCACUCUGCCACGGGUACCGCCGAUCCAGAACCAACCCCCCUCCUGUUCUCUCUCCCUGGGUCGUCAGAAAAUCACUCGAGUAAUCUCAGAUCCAGCUCUGCAGCAGCAACAACAACAACAACCGUUGAAUCUCCAGAACACGCUGAGUACGGCGCCACCCAAGCCUCCCAGAGUGCCCUACGUGCCAAAUCAUCAGCAUCAUCAUCAUCACCAUCAUCACCACCAUCAUCAUCAUCAUCAGAGCUACCAGGCCUCCGGCAGCGACAGCGGGAAUGGAUCGGGAGACAGUGAAUUCGAGGCGAACAACUCCGGCGGCGCCAGCAAUCCCUCGGCGCCGAUUAAAGGCGUAGUGAUACGCAGCCACUACAAUAGCAACUAUGAUGGCACCAACGGCAACAAUGGCAGCGAGUACGAAUUAUCUGCGGAAGAGCAAUUAGUGGUGGCCGCGCCGUCUCUGGAAAUCACUACGGUGCUCGACAUCGAAGGUUUCUCGACAUUGCUGUUACCGGCUGGCGAGCACAGGCCUUUGGACCCGACGGCCUUGAGAGGAGUUUCGGGAAUGUUGUUAGAUUCGGCGCCGAGGGUACUCGCCUCUCAUCUUACGAGGAUUGAUCUUGAAGUGGCGCUUCAGCCGGGACCGGGAAACAGAAGCGGACUGAGCGGCAUCGAACUGGCGACUCUUCCUCAUGGCAGACAAGCUCGAAUGGAUCUAAUCGAGAGAUCGGAAUGUCUGAAGCUGCUGGUGGCGGUUACCGUGUUGGCUGGCGCUACAGCGAUAGAAAGGGCAGCUACAAUCAGCAAAUGGAUCAAAGUAGCAAUCGAUACAAAAACCGCGCUCGGCAAUCUCUACGGCUUCUGCGGUGUGAUGCUCGGUUUAUGCCUGCCGCAAAUUCAAAGACUGGCCAAUACGUGGCAUCUGCUAAGACAGAAGCAUACAGAUGAGGCUUUUAACUUUGAGGCGAAGCUCAGGCCUACACUGCGGGCUAUGAACGAGUGUACCAAUCCACAGGCGCCUAACACUACAUUGCCACAUUUGCUACCGAUUGCGUUACUUGGGGAACGCAGUCCCGAAGACGUUUUAGGCACUGUAACGCCCUCAGGACUCACAGCAGCUGUUCUUUCACCGUGGGAAAACUCGGCAUCUGAUUGCGGCCUAUCGAUCGUCUGGUCGCAUCUCGAGGCGGCACGCAAGCUAGCUGAAAACCUACCGCUUUUUCGCAGAAACGCGGAAAUUGCCCUCGAAGGCUGCAGGAGCGACGAACUGCUGUCGGACGCCUUUCGUACCGAGUUCCACAUCAAAUUUCUGUGGGGCAGCCGCGGAUCCACCGUUGCCCCGGAAGAACGUCAUCUUAAAUUCACCCAAGUUCUGGAUGCAAUGUACGACAAAUGCGCAACUAACGAAGUGACCGCUUGAAAAAUAACCAAAGGAUAUCAAGAAUAUAAAUGUAACCCGUGAGAAUUAUUCCACUUCCUCGCAGCAUUUGGAAAACAUCCCAGACAGCACGUAUGUCCAAAAUCGGGACAUAAGACGGCUUAAAGACGUCAGUAAGACGCCUUUUAGACACGGUAUCUAAAAGACGUCUUUACAAUGUCUUUAAGAUGUCUUAUGUCCCGAUUUUGGACAUACGUGCUGUCGUGAACUUUUUUCAAGUUUUUACAUUUACAAAUACGUUGGUUAGCAUGACACCGUAAAAAAAAAAGAGAAUAUCUCGUACAUUAAUAAAGUGAUAACAUCUUAUCGCUAUUUAUAUAAUCCGAAAUCGUAGAGAAAAACCCUAAAAAUAUCGAAUGUUCUUCCAUUCAAUUCGACGUUCGUUUUGAAUUGUAAGCAUUUAGCGAGAACGCUCAAAGAAACCAUCGAGAAGACCAAUCUACUUUUGCCGUUAAUUGUACUUAACUUUAAUUAACAGUGUAAUUCGUUGAUGUGUUAUAUUGUAUAUGUUGUUCAUAUUUGUUUAUACUUAAUAUACAAAUUGAAAAAGAAUUGCUCGCAACUUUGA